UCGCUUCCCGGUCCCUGUAAUACGUCGAAGCGGGCACUUAUCGGAACGAUGUUUGACCAAACAUCAUUCAAUACAAAUUAUAAAACUUCAUUGGACCGUGUUCAGUUAAAGAUAAAUAGCGAUAAUAUUAUUUACUUUGACCCUAACGACCCCCGAUAUUGAGCGUUUUCGUCAUUUGAUCAGUGUCGUGCAAAACGCUAACUCGAAUCAUGGUCUGAUUGACCGACAAAAUGAAUUGGUGUGUGAUUUUUGUGUGUUUGUGCAUUGCUAGUGUACGUGCAUCAGGAAAUUCACUCAAGGAUCCGUACAUUUGUGGGCAUCCAACAUGCGCACAAUCCGCAAAAUUUAAGUAUUUAACACAAGUCAUAUACCAUUAUGAAUAUAAAACUAAGGUAGAAACCUAUUUCGCUGGAUCCAGUAAUAAUCGGUCUACACUAGAUAUCAAAGCAAGAGUUACACUACAGUUCAUAAAACCUUGUGAGGGACUCCUGCAGUUGAGCGAUGUCACACUGAUAGACCAAGAUGAGAACUACCCAGUUGAGCGAGCUGAAAAGUUUAUACACGCUAUUGCCUUAUAUGACCUCAGGUUUUCUUUUCACGAUGGCAUCAUAUCAGAGAUAUGCCCGGAAGAGAGUGAAGAAGACUGGGUGCUCAACUACAAGCGAGCUAUACUAUCACUGUUUCAGAAUAGCAUGAAAAGAUUUGAUAUCAACUUUAAAGGUGUUGAGCAAGAUAUCCACGGCACAUGCAAUGUAGACUACAUAGUGCGAGGGCAGGAGAACACGAGCCUCUUGCUAGUGAAGACGCGCGACCUUUCACAAUGCACGGACAGAUAUAAAUACAUGUCCAUACUGCAGACUGUGCGCUACGACUUCCAGAGUAAAUUCCAAACAUGGCCGGUCCUGAAAUCGGAAAGCAAAUGUGUCAUAUCAGUGGACCAUCACAUUUACAAGUCUGUAAACUGUCGAGAACGACAUUUAUUCGAGCCUUUUUCGGGCAAAAAUUCUGGCGGUAUGACCACGGUCAUACAAGAUCUUACGCUCGUGGAAGAAGUUAAUAAAACUGGCUCUGACUCUAUGGAUGCUGAUAAUAAAGCUUGGACUGCUAUCGAAAGACGUUCUAACAUCCUACAUCAUCACUCGCCAUACGGAAGAUCUGAUACGGGCGAAUUGAAGUCAGCAAGAGAUGUUUUGAAGCUACUUUGCCUAGUAAAGCACAGCUCAGAUGAUGAGAUAUCAACGGUAGACGAGAACAUGGACAGUGGCUCUAUAGUAGGGCUUUGGGGCAGGUUGGUGCGCUCCGCGAGGAAACUGCACCAUCCAGCGCUAGCCCAGCUGCUUGCUAGGGCUCCCACUAUUUGUCCUACAGCUUCCAAGCACAUUCUAGACGCGCUACCCUACAUAGCAAGUCCUGGAUCAGUGGAGUUAAUAAAAAACAUGAUCCUCAACAAUGAAGCAGACCAAGACACUAGGCACGAAUGGCUGAUGUCUAUGGCGAUGAUUCCACGGCCAAAGCUGGACAUGUUGAAGAGCAUGCUGGAGUUACUACAAAAGCAGAAGAAUGACAAGGUGGUCAGUUUCACCGUCUCAUCCAUGACGCAUUCCUAUUGUAAACACCACGGAAAAUCAUUACGGGAAUGUUGUGAAGAAGAAGUCCCAAAGCAAAUCCUCGAAGAGUUCCAGAACGUUGUUAGUGAUAUCAUCAGCAGAGGAGUUGUAAAUGCUCAAAGGCAAGACAGAGACAAUCUCGUAAUAGCCAUCAAAGCCUUAGGCAACAUUGGCGGUUUCAAACAGGAAUUCGCGGAUGUCCUAAUGAAUUUGAUAGGAGACUCAUUGAUAUCUGUGCCCAUCAGAUUAACGGCCAUUGAUGCUUUUCGGAGAACGCCUUGUAUUGAAACACGAGAAUACUUUCUAGAAACGUACAGAGAAGAUUUAAUCGAUGUUGAAAUUCGGAUCGCGUCCUAUCUCCAAGUGAUGAGAUGCCCCAACUUAAGCACUAUCCGAAAAAUAUUCCACGCUCUACGUCACGAGCCUGUUAACCAAGCUGCCACAUUUGUAUGGAGUCACUUGAACAACCUUGGCCACUCGUCACUGCCAUCUCGGGUGGAAAUCCAGGGUCUGCUGUCCGGGAAUACAAUGCCACAACUCGAGGAUAAUCCAGACUUUAGGAUGUUUUCCCGGAACUAUGAGCAGAGUGUUUUCUUCGAUCAGUAUAAUGCCGGUGGUAAUUACGAAGCAAACGUUAUAUUCUCGCCGGACUCUUAUAUUCCAAGGGCUUUGUCUCUCAACUUGACUAUCGACAUGUUUGGCGAAUCCAUCAAUUUGUUAGAGAUCAAAGCUCGCGGGGAAGGUUUCGAAAAAUACUUCGAAAAUCUGUUCGGAAACCAAGGACCCUUGAAUAAGAACAAAGUGAACGAGAGAAUAAACAAGCUGCGAUUCUUCCGAUCGACCAACGAAGCGGACGAAGUGCGGGAUAAAGUAGACGAUCUUGGAUACAAAAACAAUGCUCUAAAGCACCGUUUUCCUAUGGCAGAACUUGGGUUUAAGGUUUUCGGUAACGAAAUAUCGUUCUGGAGCGCGGAAGGGGAUGAAGAAAUACGAAAAUCUUUGGAGAGAUUGAACCCUAAGUUGAGGAUUUUGGAGAUUCUAUCCGGAAAGGAAAUAUCAUACAACAAAGCGUCCCUAUUCCUCGACACAACGUUUUCCGUGCCAACUGGUUCAGGAUUGCCGCUCAACUUGAACCUCAUGGGCACCAGUUAUGUGGACACCAAAAUGUCUGGCACAGUCAUUGACAAGUACGCGAAGUCGGGUAACUUGGACUUUGAAGGGAAAAUAAGACCUAGCGUUGCAGUCAAUAUAGCGGCCACAAUGAGCGUAACAGCCGGCGCGUUAGCCUCGAGCGGCAUCAGACUAUCUUCCCGCCUGUACACGGCCACAUCGCUCGCCGCCAAGCUGUCCGUGCGGGGGCUCGACGAGCUGAAGCUUGACCUGUCGCUGCCCAGGGACAAGCAAGAAAUAUUUGCUGCCAAGUCAGAGCUGUUAAUCCUUCACGGGGAUGAAGAGUUGCCUCAACAAGGAGUAAACAAGAACAGAAUAGAACAGAACACUUGCAGUUGGAGCACGUUCGACAAAGCUAUUGGCAUCAAAGUGUGUGCAGCAUAUCAGUUCCCGAACAUGACAAACCUCCGAGACGCGCCAUAUUUCUUACUGAGCGGACCGGCUAAAUACAUUAUCUCUCUGGAAAAGGCCGAUCCCUCGGCCAAAACCUACGCCUUCCGUUACAAAUGGGACCGGAAUGAGACUACCAAUCUUGUAGAUUUCUCCUUUGACACGCCAAAUAGCAAGGAGAAACGUAUGUUCAACGCACGUCUCUUACUGUCAAACACAACAAGCACUGCAUCCCUUACACUGCAAUCCUCAGAAAGCAUAAUAAAAGCCAAUGCCUUGUACCGCAACAUUCCCUAUGAUAAGUGUAUAUCGGCAAGCUUGGAUGUAGACGGGAAGAAACAGUUCGAUACUGUCAUGUCAUUAAAGAGACAUGAUGUGAAGUAUGGACACGUUUGGCUUCCCCAUGCCUAUUGGAUUGUUAAUGAUGAGAAGAUUGCUGAAUUAUCUGGAAGCCUAAAAGUAAAAUCUAAAGGUGGCGUCACACAAUGGGAUAUAGCAGCCGAUUUUCAAACAAAGCAGCUAGCCAGUCGAAUGAUAGGCUAUUACACUGUGAACGGUCCUACUCACGGUACUCAACUACAUUUGGACUACCAAUUCUAUGGAAAUCCGAAACAAACUAUAAAAAUCGAGGGUUUAUACAGCGAGAGACCAAUGUCUUACAGACACGACUUGUACGGAGAAUUGUCUAUGGAAUUCACGGCAUAUCCAAUGUAUAAUUUCUACUCCAUACUUAGGAAUGUGAAAACUCAGAGUCACGUCGAUAUAGCUUUCAACGUGAGCGCUUCCAAGGAACAACGAAGUGACCCGGCUUUCACGUUUGUAUUCAAACGUAUUGAUAAGCUGAAUGGUUUGAAAGUGGACACCCACUUGGUAUUAAAGAGACCCAAACCGAUACUUAUGAAGUUCCAAUAUGACCAGACAGGGCCUAAAUACUCAGCAUUGGCGCUCCUGAACUUCAACCCUAAAUCCCGAGAGAUUUUUGUAUCGGGCUAUGUGUUCGCUCCUCCCGGCACGCAGUUGUAUAUGGACGCAGAACUUAACGUCACACUGCCGACCCUACACCCCUGCGAGCUAAAGGCGAAGUUACACGAAAAACGACCUAAUGAGUUUCAGGUUAACGCAAUGGGUAUAUGGUUUACGGGCGUGGAUUUCAACAUUGACGCGGUAUACCAAGAUCAGUCUAAGACCAACCUGGCGUCGCAUCGUCUUAAGGCGUUGAUCAACAGCAGCCACUUCAAAGACAUCGCAGUCGAUGCCAAGUUUACUCAGGACAACCGGCAAAUCACUUUCAUUGCUGAGGGUGAAUAUAAUGAAGAUACGUACAAAGCACUUGUUCGAUACUUACUGUUGUCGGAUCAAAAUUUCACGGCAUAUGGCGAAAUAGACAUCAGUGGCAAAGCGUACAGUUUGAACCUCAACGCAGAUCUCAAUAACAACACUAACAUCGACAUGGACAUACAUUUUGACCAACUCCGCGACGUCCACUUAUCGUACCAACGCUCGGUAACACCUCGUCAGAAACGAUUGAGUGCUUCGUUGAACUGGGAUGCCAACAGAGACCCCUCUCAGAAGCUCAGCAUAGACGCCAAGUUAGACCACAAGGGGGCAUGGCAUCAUGGCGGCCACGUCACUUUACAUUACCCUGGAAGAGUUGUCAACGGAGAGUUUGAUUUCUUAUUGAAAGAUUGGUUCUGUGAAUGGAUGGUCCGGAUGGGCUGGGCGAGUCAAACGUCAAUAAUGUGGCGAGUGAAAGCUUACUCCGAGGUUCAGGAUCAAACCGUAUACGCCUUACUGUCCAGCCUCAGCACGCCUUUCCCGUUCUGGGAGGACACAAGUUUCAAUCUUAUGUGGCGAUACAAAGACAACAUGCAAGCUGUCAACGGCAGUAUGAACUGGCAGGACAAUUUCCUCGCGUUCCAUCUUCUAGCGGAUUAUCUGUUCACGACUACCAAGUUCUACGGAGAAAUCAACGCCUCUGUUAACUCCACCAUACCCACCUUACCGAGGGCGGCUGCUAUUGCAAAACAUACGGUCGUUUGGAAGAAAAGUGCUGAUACUUUGCUGAGUUUUCAGUAUAAUGAAGACGGCUUACUUAUGAUUAAUUCUUCCUGGGCAAUACAUAAAGGACUGAAUGAGAACAACGUUACUGGAAGAGUAGUCCUGCUUACACCCUUCCCAGGCUACACAAAAGGAUUUUUGCAAACUGAAUUUAUGUUUGGCCAUAAGAGAGACAUAAAAGGUGUAACACAUCUAGAUUUGGAAGAAAAGGUUAUGAAGAUCUAUGUUGACGGUCACAUGCGACGCAUCACAAAUUGUAUGCUAGUGGUAAAUGUGACGAGUCCAAUCCCGCAGUUCUCGCAAACGACGGCUCGAUUCGGCUUUGUGGAGCACGACAGACAUCUGGUGGCCAUGAUUGUCACACCCAACUCUACUACUGGUAUUGAAGUACUAUUAAAAUUAUUAUCGCUUCAAGAUUUCCAAAUAUUUGGUCACGUGGCGUUGCCCCUACAAUACCUCAAUAGAGCUAUGAUAACUGCCAAACGAGCUCCCGAAGAAGUGGACUUCAGAGUGGGUUGGGGCUCAAUGGACUUUGGUUUCACGGGCAUCUGGCAAUGGAAAUCCCUACUCGACUUCGUAUAUGUUUACAAGCUUUACACGCCGCUUGAUGGCUUUGAGGAAAACGGUCUUGUUCUUAAAAAUAUAUACAAGAAAGGACUUGACACAGAGCUGUCUAUUCGACUUUCUAAACAUAAGUUCGGUAUAGCCAUCCUGCUCGUGGACAAUGGCAAAGGUCUGCUGGAUGUUAUAAAUGACCACUUGCAACACAAGCCUAGCAACCCGAACGUAUUCGUGGAAAACUUUGACACCGAAGCGAGCGUGACUUUGGACACAUUGUACUACCCUACCAUCACCUUCCACGCUCAUAUGAUGAAGUUUGACGGUCCGGAUGAAGAGAAUAUAUUGGAAGCGAACGCUACUUUACACCUGCCAGAUAAAACACCUAUUGUUUUGACAGACGUUUUUAUACUAGAGUCGUACACGGUAAUGCAGAACACCCUAAACCUGGUCACACCAUUCCAAGCUGUGCAGCAGUUGAAGUCUGUGUAUACGGUGGAUAUCUCUAUCGGCGAGAAGUUCAACGUGACUUGCGUCGCUUUGCUGUACAAUGGCACUUAUUGGCAUGAGAUAUCAUAUAAGAUCUACUACGAGACAGAAAAGGGCGAAGAUGACGCAUAUCUAUCGUACCUCGCGUCCGUCGGUAUCGCAACUCCCCUGGCCGUGUUACCCGCACUUGAAGCGCGCGUGUCCGCAAGAUUGGAGGAUGCAUUGUGGAAACUAGCCGCUGACAUUGCUAUGCCUUCGUUCACUGUUACUGCACUUGCUAGGCUUGAACUGGACGACCCAUUCGUAGAAACCUCUGGAAGCUUAAACCUAACCUCUGCAUACUUAGAAGACUACUUCAUAAAGAUGGAGUUUAAGAAAGAUUUCUCAGAUGUGGAAAAUGUGGUCAGCGGUGGCAUACAAAUUCAACAAGGCAAUGAAAACAACUAUAUCUUCGCGGACGCAGUAUGGCGCCCGCCGCCAAACCGCCACAUCCGGUUCAAAGCGCGAGGCGCAUUAGUUCCCGUACUCUCACCGGCGGAACUUGCAUUUUUGUUCAGCGACGAGGAUCGCCACCGGACCUUGACAGUUGAUUUCAAUACCGAGAACGAUUAUUAUUCGCUGAAGGCUGACCAGUGGCCGGCUUCGCUGAGUGUGGCCCUCAGCAGCCCUCAUAGAGGUUUUAGAGCAAUGAAAAUUAUCGGAGAAUUUGACGGCGACGAUAUUCGCGGAUCUUUCGUAAGAGAAGCGGCCGAGUAUAGCAUCACAGGAAAAGUUCUGAACCGGGAUCCACUGGAGCUAACCCUUACCCUAGUGCCAAAAGGUCAAGGUCAGCAAGUGACGAUCCGAGCGAAGUGCGAGACGUCCCCAACAGUGUACGCCGUCACCGCGCACAUCGUGGGCUCAGUGGAACUGACGAUGCGCUCCAAAAUUGAGAUGGAACAGAACUUUACUGACGUCUACUUUAAGGUGGAUAUGCCUCAAGUGAAGACCAAGGAAAUGUACUUCAAGUCCCGCGUGGACAUGUAUCCCGAACUACGGCGAGUGGUAACCGUGCAGGCGGUCACGCCGCUAGAGAAGUUCCCCUAUUUGAAAGGAGACACUGAUUUUGUAUUUGGACCGAAAAGUGGAUAUCUACUGUGCAAGUACGCAUUACCGAAAAUGAAAGGCGACGGGGAUCUUAAAUGGAGUUUCCUUCUUGGAGAUUUGUAUAUCAAAGCAAUAGGACAGCAACUCGUCGAAACAAUACAAAGAAGUGUAGACCUGGACAUAUACUUCGGUAACAACACUGAGCCCGACGGACUUCCGAAGACCAACGCCGGAUUUAGGAUGGAUUUAGACCGUGUUUGGCAAAUCGGCGCAAACGCAUCGUUUGGCAUCAUAAUGCAACAACGUUUAAACUUGGUAAUUAACGCGAUACUGCCGAAGCCGAACGUAGAUGUACACACGCUAUACAUUGAUGGUACAAUGGGCAAUCCAGACAAACCUGUACAAUCACUGGAGGCAUUGUACCGUACUGAUGUCACCAAGAUACGCGCCGGCAUCAAGGGGCAGAUGCUGACAUUUGGUGAAAGUUUCGACGCUAACUCGACGAUAACCUGGACGGCCAACUCCAAAUACAACGACAUAGACAACAUAGUGUCGUACAAAUGGGACGUGAACGGCUCCAAAUACAUAGACUACACGUUGAAUACGCCGCUGUAUGAAGAGGAACCGACUUUAACUCUCAAAGGAUCGUAUCAAAAGGACAUGGUACAUGGAUAUCAAGUUGUCAAAGGUCGCAUGCACCGGCCUGGCAGUUGUGAAAUAGGGGAUAUAGACGUGCGCUAUGGAGGGUUCAAGCACACGGACGGACACUUUAACGUCUCCACACCCUUCCACACUCUGCCCUGGCUCAAAUCUAUAUUCGAUAUAAACAACGUUGACGAGAAUUCCGACAACCGAGUAGACUUGUUCUGGCCGAACAAAACAGCAACCAUCAAUACAACACACAUUUACACUAAACACGGCAAAGGCUUCACACAAAACGGCACCAUCGCUCUCUCCAUACCAGUCAACACCAACCAACAUCUAAUCAACUCAGAAUAUUACUAUUUAGAGGAAGAAAAGUUCAGUAACGGAAACGCUGUAAUAGAUUUUGAUAAGGAAAGAUUCGUUAAAGUUAUGUUUGACAAAGUCUUGACUAAAAGUGAGAGGAAUUUGGAUCUGGCUACGAUGAAUAUUCAAGUAGAAAACGUUCAUACUCCUAUUGGUAUUAAAUAUAUUCAGGAGUAUGAUGGCACGGGGAGUAUUGACGUCAAACAAGCAACUCUAUUCCACCUUCACAACACGUCUAUACUCAAUGUGACAGGAAAACUCGACAUCCACACCUACGCCAUCGGCAAGAAGAUGAAAUUCACCGCGAUCCACGGGAGUCGAACAUGGACCUUCGAUAACACUUACGAAGCCGUAGAUAAGGACCUGAAGCAGGGCAGCAAAAUCACUUGGGCAGAGGAUGUGUGGCUGGGAUACGAUAUUCAUGUCACCAAUUUGACAGUAGCUGAUACAGAAUCCCAACAAAUCAUAAUGGACGUCCGUUACCCUCUCCGUAUAUUCCGAGUGACCGCAUUGUAUCGCUUGCAAGACGCUCUGUUGGACGGCACCGCACAUUUGCUGUGGAACGUGAGAGACGAGAAUAAAACCGCCGAACUGAGGGGCAAGUGGGAAAACCCGCCAUACGUCGAAGGAAACUUGCACGAUGUAUAUCUUGCUCUGUCACAUCCUUCUUUUAGGAAGGAUGUAACAUUGAGAGGACAAUACCUAACCACACCAUCAGUAAUGAUGAACUUAUCCAUGGAACUCCAAUAUUCGGACUACGAAAAUGAAUAUCUGAAAUUGAAGUCCAUUUUAACGGACAACUCCAACGGGCCAGUCAGAGAUUACAAAUUCGCUCUCAAAUGUAUCCAUCCUUCGACCAAUUUGGACUUGGAUAUGAAAUCGGACAUACACAUCCACAGUCGUUGGUAUUAUUUGAGCAAUUACUACAGGUUCCAGAAGUCACUUUUCUAUGAAAAAUUGAGGAGCACUAAAUUUUUGGUCGAUUUGGAGAAGGAUUUGAUUAAUUGGGAGCGCGUGAACGAAACCUACUUCUACAAAGUAAACGGUACCUGGAAACUUGUAUACCCGCGAUACCAACUCGAAGGGAUCGUGCUAAGACCCAACGCUAACGACACAAUGUUUGCUGAACUAUCCAUGCUCGAUAAAGCUAUUAAGGCGCAUUAUAAUAGCUCAGAUGAUAUUUCAUAUCACAUGAUAGGAAAAAUCAUUGACACUCGCUCGGCACGUCUCGACGCGUGGCGGCAUUAUGAUGACGUCACAACCGUUGAUAUAGCCUCCUACGUACGCUUGAACCAUUCCCGCUUACUCACCAGCGCAUUCAUGUGGCGACCGGAGAUAUUCAGCGAAAUCAAAUCCUCCGCGCUUUAUGGUGUAAAGGUUUUCUACAGUCAAAUUAACGAUACCCUGGUUAUCAUCAAAGAAGCGCCAAUGGAAGCGCAUCAAGCGUUAAGGAACAUUUGGAGCGACGCCAAGCCUAGGGUCAGAGAUUUCUUAGACGACCUUAACGACUUGCACGUAAUAAAAGAUGAUUUGGAUGACUUCGAACUGUUCUUAAACGAAUCUUACGAUCACAACGAUUUCUAUGUUAAGGAUAUCGUCGAAUUCACUUACUACGUACUAGACGAAAUGGCGAUUAGAAAUCAUUUGGAGAGUUUGCCAGGCUUCGUUAACGAUAUGUGGGGAAUGAUGGGAAACACGAGUCAAUCUAUAAAACAGAGUUUGACGUUCGUCGUCGAUUCCAUUAAGAACGCAUACUCAAACUUGCUGGAAUCCAUGAACAAAGUUUUGGAAGCGGAUUUAAUGGAAAUGGUGUCCGAUAAAUUGGAAUCCAUGAUACUCCAGUACGACAACUUCGUGCGAGAUUUGCACAUGAAGUUUUUGGAAUAUUGGGAGGAAACCUGGGUUAAUGCGACAACGAAAUUCGCGAAGUAUUGGCAUGACUUGUUAAAAUCCAUAGAGCCGUUGUUCUUCAAGAUGUUGCAUUAUACGGAGGCGUUCGUGGUGACGAUAUGGCAGGGCGUUAUGGACUUCUUCCAUGAGCGAACGCACGAGUUGACUGACACACCGUACUUUAAUUACGUGUCUACGUUUGGGCAUGAAAUGGAUCGAAUAUACAAAGACCUCGUAAACAAUGACAUAAUAACAAACAUAAAGAAGUACACAAAGAAACUAUGGAACGUGAUUUGGAACAAGGUGGAGAAGUACAUCCCAUUCACGGACGAGUUCAAACAACUCUACAAUGAGUUCCGAAACGCCUGGGAGAACUUCCUCAAGACCCCGCAAGUUGUUUAUGUUAUUGAAAAGUACAACGAAGCGUACGUGCGUCUAAAAUGGUGGUACGAUUACUUCUUGAUCGGCGAAGCGUUGAACAACGUGUGGGAGAUUAUUUACGCCAAAGUCACCGAUAUGGCCAAAACCGCCCUGCAGUAUGAGGAACUACACCGCACACCAAAAACGAACUUCAUAUUCGAUCCUCACAAGGGCGAAAUCCUGCUUGAGCAAAAGUUGCCAAUGUCCUGGCAUGCCUUCAAUCAGACGCCGGACUUCAGCGAAAUAUCUGAGUACAGAAUGGUCAGAGACUUUAUGGACGAAUGGCUGAUUAGCAAUAGGAGUAUCUGGUAUUAUUACUACGAAAUACGACCUUAUUUGGACUUCAAUAACGUAAUGCCUCCAUUUGCUGGUAUGGCCAUGAUGACCGGACAAGGUACCCUGGUGACGUUCGACAAGCAAGUCUUCACCAUAUCAGAACCAGGCACAUUCUUACUCACUAAGGACUACAGGCAGAACAACUUCACCGUCCUCAUGGAGAGUAAUGACCAGGGAAAAUAUGAUCUGGUGGUGCUGACGAAGAAGAAUCUUAUUUUUAUUGACUUGUAUAAAGAGCAAGUAUCGCUGGGAAGAGGAACACCCCUAAAUCUACCGGCUGUCAUUGACGAGCUGAUAGUUGACAGACAAACUGACACGCUUACUGUACAAACACAGAAUGGCUUGCAAAUUGAGUGCAAUCUGCUGUUCCGCACUUGCAAAGUGGAGGUCACAGGGUGGUACUACGCAAGUCUGGGAGGUCUCCUCGGGACAUACAACAACGAGCAAUUCGACGAGCGGCAGCUACCCAACGGCACUAUAGAUACGAACGUCACUCGUCUCGCCCACGCGUGGGCAAUACGCAGCGUGGAUGUCAAAACGCCUCCGCCGCGAACUAAUAACACAACUUGUGAUAAAUUCUUCAGGAAUAAAGUAUCUCCUUUACAUCCUUGUUUCUCUUUGAUUGAUGCUCUGCCCUUCUACGAAGAAUGCGAGAAGGGCGUAGAGGCGUGCGCGCUCGCCAACGCUUACCUCGAACUGUGCUCUCAACAACACGUGCCCACGCAUAUACCGGACCAUUGCGUGCAGUGCGUAACACCCAGUGGCGAUUUAGUAGAAGAGGGUGCAUUCCUUCAACUGGAGAACAUUCCAGAAUCUAUGGACGUAGUGUUCGUGGUUGAAGCGCAGUAUUGCAACAAGAACAUACGCAAGACGAAGAAUAUCGACCUGUUCGUCGAUACUUUGGACAGCAAGCUGCAAGGGAACGGAUUUUCUGACAACAGAUACGCCGUGGUGGUGUACGGUGGCAGCGGCGUGUACCGGCGCGCGCGCGCACUCUACGUCGACAACAAGCUGUUCACCGAAGCCGUCGAGAUCCCCAGGCAUUUCGAGGCUUUCGAGAUUGACAAGAGUUCGCUGGUUAAAAGUAACAAGACAGUGGGCGGAGAUGCAUUACGAGCGCUUCGCUUCGUUUCUACGCUACCGCUGCGUGCGGGCGCGCCGCGCGCCAUCGUUCUACUGCCUUGCACUAAAUGCGACGCUACACUCAGCUCCCUGGAUUACUCCACAAUCUACCACAACUUGAUGGAGAACUCUAUAACGCUGCAUAUCCUCAUGGACGACGACUUCUCACUCUCCAAGAAAAGAGUUGCCAAAUACCUCUUUGGCUUGGACAACUACUUGGCGUACACGAACAAAGACUACGAGAGGCUUGUGGGCGACGCCGGCUUGCGGAAGCAAGUGAGGCUGCCUAAGGACAAACUUGGACUUUGCACGUCACUCUCGUUGGAAACCAACGGUACAAUAUGGGCGGGCUCGAAGCUGGAAGGCGACCGCGGCGCGGCGCGGCGCUUCGCGACGGUGGCGGGCGGCCGCAUCGCGGGCUCGUCCUCCAUGUGCGCGUCGCAGCGCUGCGAGUGCCGCAGUGCCACGCUGCACUGCCGCCCGUGCGCCAACCACGACCCCUUGGAGCUUUCGUUCUGGAACUCGGACGACAUCGACGAACUAAUAGACAUGGCGAUGGACCCGCCCAACCUGCCAUCGUUUAGAUGAUAAUGUAAUUGACUAGAAUAACUACUUAAGGAUUAUUUAGUAUUAGUGCGUAAAUUAUUACAAUUACUGUUUUGCUGAGAUGCCAUUAAAUAUUUUUGUAAAUUA